UGCAGAGAGAUUGAUUUCUGUGGUGAUGGCGGAUUUGUUUUCUUCCCUCUUGUUGCAUUGAAUUGGAAUUGAUAAUUCUCUCCCCUGAUCUCUACUGCCUGGUCCGAUUUUCCACCUCCGAUCCCGAUCUGCGUCGCGCCGACUCGGUUGGGCUCUUCCUGUACAUAUUGUUCGACGGAAUUCUCCCAAGAUUGACGUUAAUCUCGAGGUCAGUGGUGGUAAGUGUUAGAUCAGGCUAAUGUUGGUGGAAUUUCCUGCUCAACUUUCUUCUUCUUCCUUGCUUCUGUUCUGUCCCAUGAUUGUGUUGUUUCAAUUGUGUGCGAGCGAGCUGCGAUUCUUUCGAUCUUGCCGAAAAUAAAAAAAAUUAAGGGUGAAAGUGAUUCUCUGUUUUGCUUUCGUGGCCUGAGAUCGGGAUCUGAUCGUGGAUGUGAGGCGGUUUGCCGGAAUUCUGGGUUUGGGAGGGAACUGCAGUUUUUUUUACCAAAGGGGAUAUGGAGUUUCAGUGCUUUUUGUUCUAAAAAAAAGUCAGCAGCCUUAUUUGAAUUCCAGGAGAUUGUACUUGUUUUUGUAAAAUCGGCUUUCUUCUUCUGGUGUUGCGUCUGUUGUUUAAUUACUGUGGGCAUUGCUGAAUUAUUGGUAGAUUGUUCCCUGGAGCAAGAAUUCUAAUUCUGGAGCUGAAUUAUCUUCCAGCAUGAGUCUUUCUUGACGUGUCUGUUGUAGAUUUGUGUCCUGUGAUUUCUGAUUGCGACAAUUCUUGUUUGAUAAGUGCCCAUCUGGUAUGUAUGCUUGAGAUAUGGUGUUUAAGAAGAGACAAUCUCAUGGUUUUAACAAUCUCCACUUCCCUUCUGUUCCCAAGGCUCCCAGAUCUGCCAGAAGGGCCUUUCAUAAGAGGAUAGUUGAGGACAGCCAAAUCUGUGCAUUUGAGUUACUUGCUUCUCUAGCUGGAAAGCUAUUACAGGAGAGUGAAAGCUCAUCUGCUUCUAGUAAUGCAUCUGAUGCAAAUGACCGGCCUGCAAUUAGUGAUGGUGUUGUUAAAAGAGAGCAAGUUGAGACUAAACCUGUGAAAACAGAGUGCUUGGAUUUGGGAAGCUGCGAAGAGAGCAUUUUCCUCCCUGACUACGGUUCACCUAGCAGUGACAGUAGGGGAAGUCUGAAUGAAAUUCCACUGCCAGCUGAGAGUGAUGCCAUUUUGGAGCGGUAUUCAACUGUCUCGAAUUCCGAUUCCUCAGAGAAAGGCAAUAGUGAUGUAAAGCCAAUCCAAGGUGAAAAGGCACCUAAGUUGGAGGGAGCCCCUCCUGUUACUGUAGAGCCUUGUGAUGAAAAACCAGAAAAUGGGGUUGGCAGUCAGCCAUUGGCUGAUGGGAUGGAGACUCGGGGGUUGAUCCUUGAUAAUGCCUGCAGUUCAAAGGAUCCCAUGAAGUCAUGCCUGAGGAAUCCUGCAUUGAUAAACUCAGACAACACUGCCAAACAUUUAUCCCAUGGGAAUUCCCUUCCCAGGGCUUCUGAUUUGAAGCUUGGGAAUGGUGUUAAAUUAGGUAUUAGAGAUGAUGAUGAAAACUUUUUUAGGUUUAAUAAACUAAGCAGCAGAAGAAAGGCAUUUAGGCCUUCAUCUAGAAUUGGAGACAGAAGAAUAAGAAAACUACUGUCAUCCAAAUACUGGAAAGCAGCACCGAAGCUGAAAGACUAUGAGCUAACGAGACCUUUAUUUGCAGAUUUGGGGAUGAAGCCUCUUCAUCAUAAGAGGAAGUUGUCUUGCAACCCUGACAAAACUCAGGGCGACAUUCUUUACAAGAGGAGGAAGUUUUCUGACCGUAGCGUAGUCAUAGCAUCUGAUAGGGGUUUUAGCGGUGAAAGUGUUUGUAACUCUCCUGAGAAAGGCACAUCUGGAGACAAUGGUUCAGCAGUAUUGUGUUAUGGAGGUGUGUUGAUUUGUACUGCUCCGUUUUCCUGUUUUCUGGUCCAUUUCUCUAAGCUUUCAGCUGUUAAACUGAGCAUCAAGUCCUUCAAAAUUCCAGAACUUUUCAUUGACGUCCCAGAAACUGCAACUGUUGGUUCUCUCAAGAGAACUGUUGUGGAAGCUGUAACUUCUCUACUUGGUGGUGGUUUACGUGUUGGGCUGGUUCUUCACGGAAAGAAGGUCAGGGACGAUAACAGAACCCUUUUGCAGACUGGUAUCACUUCUGCUGAUAGCCUUGAGACUCUGGGUUUUACCCUGGAGCCUAAUUCAGUGCAAGCUCCUGUGCCCUUGUGCAGUGAAGAGCCUCCUGCUAUUUUACCAUGUGAAACAUCCCACCUUAUAUCAAGGUCCCCAGAGACUACAAUUGUAGAGUCACUAAAGCUUAUUGACUCACCCAGGCUUGCUCCUUCUCCACCAACAAAUCAGGUUGACUACAACAGUGAGACUACUGAUCAGGAACCACUUUCCUCUAAUGCUGACAUAGUAGCUGACAACAAAUCACCAUCAGAUUCCAAAGCUCUGGUUGCAGUUGAACCAGCAAGUGCUGAGGCACUUGCUGUUGUUCCCCUCAACCAGAAAUCUAGGCGAUCUGAGAAUGUACAGCGUCGAACUAGGAGACCAUUCUCAGUCUCCGAAGUAGAGGCACUUGUCCAAGCCGUUGAAGAACUUGGCACUGGAAGGUGGCGGGAUGUUAAGUUGCGAUCUUUUGACAAUGCUGACCAUCGAACAUAUGUUGACUUGAAGGAUAAAUGGAAGACAUUAGUCCACACAGCCCAGAUUGCUCCGCAGCAAAGAAGGGGAGAGCCAGUUCCUCAGAAGCUUCUUGACAGAGUGUUGGCUGCACACAGCUACUGGUCGCAGCAUCAAGCCAAGCAACAUACCAAAAAUGCAGCUGCUGUUGCCACUGCGACUGCAAUGCUGCAGAUAACAGACGGGCAGGCGAUUGAGGCUUGAAGAAGGAGGCGGGUAACAUUUCACUUGGUAUAAUAGUGUACAAAAGGAAGGGAAACUACUACAACCACUACUUGUUGACCGGGAAGGAACAGGGGAAGGCACAGAACAGGGUGACAAAGAAGAACAGCAACAAAAUUGUACAAAAUGCAACAAUUGAUUUCUCGGAAUGUUUAUUAUGUAAUACACUCACACUUGUCUUUACAACAAUUCAUUCCCAGUGUUUCCCCUCCCCCCCAUUGGAGACCAGGGGAGAAGGAAAGCUAGGGCAUUUUGUAAAUUGAUUCAGUUCCAUGAAAUAAAUCCCCUCUAGGGG